UUGGCGCACGCAGUCUUCAGGACACUGGAUGGUCUGUGUCGGAGCAGGAGAUGUUGGAGGUCCACGGUCUCCCAGCAGUCACGGACGAGCCAACCCUCCACUGCAGCUCCAGCAGCUGAAUGGGACGCCUUUUGUUCGGGAUCGUGGGUCUGUGGUGUCAUCGAGGGGGGAGUGUUUUCUUCGCUGCGAUGACAGAAGAGAAGCAGAAGAAGACGCCAACUAGAGUGGGAGCUUGAGAACGCGGCACAUGUGAGUGACACACACCGCAGCCGGCUGUGUGCACUCGCACCACUCGUGGAUGUGAGACUCGCCGCAGAGACUCUGGGACAUGCGUCGCAUAGACGCUCUUUGUGGCUUGUUUCGCACCGUGGACAGGUGGCCGUGGAUCCAAACCAGCAGGGGGGCUGGGACCCACUCCCCCUGAGACAGUUGUCUGCGGGAUGUCAGGCCGAAGGACUGGCUCACUUUUAGUCGGAGACAGGUGCGACAGGGAGGAGUAGUUCUUCUGGACCUCUCCGCGCGCUCAAGGCUGGAUUUUCUCUGAUUCUGCCUGUUCAUCUGUCAUUGAAAGAAAAGACUUCAUCCCACGAGUAAUUGCGAGAUUGUCCCACUGAUGUUCUGAUGCUGUGUUCAAGACGACAAUACAUUUGACUCCACAAGUGUGUUACCAUGCAGAGUUUGGGCCCUCCCUUGCUUCUCCUCCUGUGCUGGCUUCUCCAAACUGCUUGCUCAGUGUUCCCCGAGGAGCCGGGACCUCUCAGCUACAUCCCCACUGAAGUGACAAGACGCUACGCUGUGUUUCUGGGUCGACCUCACCGGACAUGGCUCAGACAAGAACCUCUCCACAUCCAGAGGGUCCUCCAGGUCAACCGCACCCUCUACAUCGGAGCCAGGGACGACCUCUACCGUGUGGAGCUGGACAUUGUAGCUGGAGAUGAGAUGUUCUACAGCAAGAAGCGGACAUGGGAGUCGAAUAAGAAUGACAUCAGGAUCUGCAGGAUGAAGGGCAAACAUGCGGAUGAAUGCAGGAAUUUUAUGAAGGUGCUCCUCAGCAGGCAGGGGGGUCUGUUUGUGUGUGGCACCAACGCCUUCAACCCGCUGUGUGCCAACUACACUGGAGACACUCUGGAAAUGGUCGGAGAUCCAGUCAGUGGGAUGGCGAGGUGCCCGUAUGACCCCAAACAUGCAAACGUGGCUCUUUUUGCUGAGAGGAACCUCUUUACUGCCACUGUGACCGACUUCCUUGCCAUUGAUGCGGUCAUUUACCGAAGCCUUGGGGACAGUCCUGCUCUUCGCACCGUCAAGCAUGACUCCAAGUGGUUCCGAGAGCCUUACUUUGUCAGCGCCGUGGAGUGGGGACCUCACAUCUACUUCUUCUUCAGAGAAAUAGCCAUGGAGUUCAAUUACCUGGAAAAGGUCGUGGUUUCGCGUGUGGCUCGGGUGUGCAAACGUGACCUGGGUGGAUCCCAGAGGGUCUUGGAAAAGCAGUGGACCUCAUUCCUCAAGGCUCGACUGAACUGCUCCGUCCCUGGUGAUUCGCACUUCUACUUCAACCUCUUGCACUCGACCAGUCCCAUCAUCAGGAUGCACGGCCGGGACGUCAUCCUGGGAGUCUUCUCCACGCCGGCUAACAGUAUUCCAGGUUCCGCAGUUUGUGCGUUUGACAUGGAGCAGCUGGCCACUGUGUUUGAUGGGAGGUUCAAGGAGCAGAAAUCACCAGAGUCCAUUUGGACCCCGGUUCCAGAUGAAGUCAUCCCGAAGCCGAGGCCUGGAGGUUGUGCUGUUCAAGGAUCCAAGUUCAAUUCCUCCAACUCCUUUCCUGAUGAGAUGUUGAACUUUGUUAAGACCCAUCCUCUGAUGGAUGAAGCUGUUCCAUCGAUCGGACAAAGACCAUGGAUUGUCAAGACCAUGGUCAGGUAUCAGCUGAACAAGAUUGUUGUGGACACGGAAGCCGGCCCGCACAGAAACCGCACCGUGCUUUUCCUCGGAUCCAGCAGAGGGACCAUCCUCAAGUUCCUCAUUAUGCCGAGUCAGGACAACAGCAUUUCGAACAGCAACGUCUUCCUGGAGGAGCUGGAGGGAUUCAACCCUGAGAGGUGUGCUGAAGAUUCCCCACAGGCGAGGCAGUUGUUGUCGUUGUCUCUGGACCGGGCCAGUCACAUGCUGCUCCUGGUCUUUCCCUCCUGUGUGGUCAGAGUCCCAGUGGCUCGCUGCCAACUCUACUCCCGAUGCAUGAGGAACUGUAUUGCCUCCAGGGACCCGUACUGUGGCUGGACGAGAGGAAGCACCUGCUCCUUCCUCAGACCUGGGACCAGACUGCCUUUUGAGCAAGACGUGGAACAGGGAAACGUGGCCCACUUAGGAGACUGUGACGGCGUUUUCCUUCAGGAGAGUUUUAUCGACGAGCCCGACGGCCUGGUGUCUGUGAACCUGCUCGUGGUCUCUGCUGUGUCAGCGUUUGCGACAGGAGCCGUCCUCUCUGGCCUCAUCGUGUGCUGGAUCAUGAGUCACCGCCGCCGCCACACCAGGGGAGCCGGAGCCGGCGGUGCACGACGUAAAAAUGACAGGGAGCAGAGCAUGUUGGGUCACAGCCACAGCGGGUCAGUAAUGAGCGUAACAAGAACCAGCGGCGGAGAUCGACGCCGGUCGCUGGCGGAUAACCCCUUCGUCACGGCGAACGGCUGGCCUAAAGGAGAGAUGGACCCCGGCCUGCUACCGACUCCGGAGCAGACGCCGCUGCAGCAGAAACGGAUCAUCCGUCUGCCGGAUGCUGACUGGGACAACACCCAAACCUUCCUGACAGCGGUGGGAUCGCCCUGCGCCAACAACUCGGUCAUCUACCUGAGCUCUAAAUACCUGCACGGAGGCGGAGGGGGCGGGGGGAUGGUUCGUAUUGAUGACCCUGGUGAGGUCAUUCUGCCGCCACACACGGAGCGGCAGCGCUACCUGAUCCUGGCCACUCAGAGAGGGGAGCACGGUAGCAGCCGACCUUCGGGUACAGUGAGAAACUCAGCGGGCGAGUACAUCUACCCUGUGACGCCACAGGACUCCCCUGACCGGCGGAGGGUGGUCUCUGCUCCCACUCCCCACAUGGACUAUGGGGAACCACGCUGGAGUCAUGAGGCACUCAACUACAACAGCAACAAUGGCGUGUCCUACCACGCCCACCGCCAGGGCCUCAUUAGGCCGGACACGCACGGACCUCGGGGCCUCGGAGAACUCUCUGACUUCAGCCACCUUCUGGUCAAGAACAUGGCCGAGCGCAACCCUAGUGGCCAGUGAGGAGACAGCCUUUUUGGAAACCUAAUCGGACCACUUAAGCCCACUUCCUUGGACCACUUUCCAUCAUUCAAUGUUCAGAGGUCAACAAGUGGGGACCCUCACUAUGUGUCCAUUCCUCACCUCGGACUCUUUGACCAGCUGGGUGUGUGGGGAACUAUAAGCUUAACAGUGUGGUCCCAAAGGAGGUGGGUGCAUUGCCAAAUGUGGACGAUAUCUCUCCACUCUGUCCUCCACCGCUUGACACUUCUUCGAGAUGUCUGCGUUUGUUUUUCUUUCCUGCCUUGUGGCAGCUAGCAGAGAAGAGUACGCUUGACUUUGGAGCUCAACUUUGACAAGACUUGUAGCUGUGCCAGCCGGCAGCAACUGUGUGAGAUUGUGUGUAUGUGUGUGUGUGUGUGUGGACGUGUGCAACAACAACCCCAAGUGUCCUGUCUUUACUGUUAAGUAUAACUGUGUAAUGGCUUCUCCUUCCUUUUUGAACAAUCAAAAAGAGACAAAUGGAUGGUUUCAUUGUCUCUUUCAGGAGAUGAACCUCAGAGUUGAGUGAAGCGAUAGAGCAAUAAAUGGGAAAUGUAAAAAGAUAAAGAUAUUUUAUAGAUACAGUUUUGUAAAAGAGAGCUGGACAGGCCUCUGUGUGAAGUAAGGAAGAGUAUCCUCCCACCAUUCUCUCCUCCAUCUCCUCCUCGCUCGGACUGACCUGACCUGUAGCCUCCCCAGGCUCCCAAGUCCAUUUGAAGGAGGGAAUGUGAGCUGCGGCUGUCUGGCGAGGAGGCUCGGCCGCUUGGGAGCUGCAUUCAGCCUCUUCCACAACACUGAGCUCCUUUGUGCGACAAAAGCAGGAGGAAAGAGCAGCCACAAAAACCCGUUAUGAGUCAGCGACCGAGUCUUGCACCUCUGCCUCGCGGAAUAUCAAUGAGUGUGUCAGUAAAUGUGUCCGUCGUGUGAGACACGCCGACCGGGCCGCCCUUUUCCCAACCAGCCAGCGCCAGGCUGUUCACACCAGGAGGCAGUUCUCAAAGUAAAUGAUAUAUUUUGGAAAUCAGUAUAGUGAUGUGAAAAGUAUUUUUUGUAUAUGGUGAGUUCAUGUGCCGUCAGAAUAAUCAGAAAAUAGUUUUGUCACCGCAAAUAACAUGGUGUCUGUAGGGUAAAUAUUUAAUUUGAUGUCAUUAAUAUCAAACAUUCCAUCCUUAUACUUGCAUCUUGGAGGCCCAACCAAGUUUAAACAUUUAUUUGCCAACGUGUGUAACAAAAUUGCACCCUCUGCCACCAACUUCAUCAGCGUCAGCUUCCGUUGAGGGAUUGCCGAGAUGUUCCUCAGCCAGAGUAGGAAUGUCGUUAUGUAACUUCAUCAUGAUCUUCAAAGCUACUUCAGCAAGUUCAUGGAGACUCUCCUAACACCGUCAUGGUGAUGUUCCCUGGAGGUUCCACUGCCUUCCUGUACCUCUGAAUGUCUCCUAACAAAAGAGGGGGUACAGUAAACAAACCCAUCUACUUGAAUUUCACUCUGCAUCGUUUGAUGUCUUUCACUCCCUUCGUUCUUGAUUCACCGUUGAUCUGGAGAUAGCUUCAGCUCAUGCUUUUAGUUUGUGGCCCCGCCCUCCUCCUAUGUCCGCUGCUUUGAUUUGUUGUCAGUGAUUUUGUUACUCCACUGAGGCUGAAAAAGAUGCUUUGAUCUUCCCACCCCUCGCGCCCCCUUUUUGCAACAUCCAUGUUGCUUUUAUUCUUCCCUCUUGAUGUAUAGGAUCUCCUUGGACAGCAAGGGGCCAAUUUGUUUGUUGUUCCAGGAGAACAAAAAUAAGUGGCAUUCCCCAUCAUGUGUUUCAAAGCAUUUUGUUUUGCAUAUAUACUGAAGAUGAGCUCAGAUACCUGACUUUUAGACGAGGAUUUCUCAGCCCACUUCUCAGUCCUGCUACUUCAUAGUCCUGUGUGACCGAUCACACUGUACAGAGCUACGGCAGGUUUCUGCCAGGUCACGGGAAACACCCAUCAUUUGGACCCCGAACCAGCCACAUUAUUGAGCGCUGUGACUUUUCAGUCAGAGAUGGAAGACCGUUUGUUGCCAAGAUUCUGUCUUGUUCCACAGUUGGGCUCUUCUGAUAUUGAUAGUGAUGUGAGACAGGGUUUGCACCGGGCUGUUGGUUCCACCGAAGGCUGCAUUGAAAGGAGCAGUCAAAAUAGCUUUAUUUUUUUACUGUACGAGACUAAAAUAUGUCUCACUUGACAACAUAGUGCGUUUGUUUAAACUCACUCCUGUUAGGAAGAGUUAUAAAAUCUAGAAGGAGUUGCUGUAAUGCUGGGGAAAUUCUGGUGUUUUAAGCCGUGUGACAACAUGGUUGUUGAUUCAGGGAAUAAAUGCAUGUCAAGUCAUUCUAAAAGUUGAAGUUGAAGCGAUGAGGGAAAAAAAGCCUUGCAUUCUGAAGACAUUUCAACCCAAUAUUGCUGUGAGGAACAAAUCUAGCAGCCAGUCAAAGAGGUCGGGCGAAGGUCAAGCAGGCCGACAUGACACUGUCUACUUCACAACAUGGAAACAGGUCAUUAGAAUUCAGGAGCCCACAGCCUGGCACCGACCCUCAUUUCUGUCUCUCUUUAUCUCUCCACGUCUCUAUCUCGGUGUGUGUGUGUGUGUGUGGAUCAGUCCUCACUGUCAGCCACGAGCAGCCAGCCGUGUCCUGGUUCUGCAUCUCCUCCGGUGUUUCACUAAACAUGCUUGAUUAGCUAAAGCACAUUCGCGGCCCCUCUAAUGGCCUGAUGAGCCCCUGAGAAGAUUACAGUAGACACACGAGGGGCGGGGGCGCUGUUUUACUCCCCACCACGCCACAAUAACACGACUGUAUCCAAAUGAAGAGCGGACAUCUCAGGCGGUUUGAUGGAGCCAUGAGGCUCCUCCCUCACUCCGCUACUUUCCCUUUUAUUUCAAGUUAAUUUCAUCAGCAGGCGACCAGAAGCGCUUCACUUUAUUCCGCUUGAAAUUCUAAAUGGGUUUUUCAGACAUUUUUCAAAGUCGCUCGUGCGGCAAAUGUUUGGGUUGUUUCAUUGUUCGAUGCAGCAGCAGUCACCCCAAGAGCCUCAGCUUGACACAUCUUUAUUCUUUGCCAGGCACUUAGACACCAAAAGUUCCCGCCGCAGUGACCCAGUCUGUCUGUGCGUGUGAGAUGAAGAGCCUUUAUGUGUUGGGGUUGUUUGUGUUAUGUGCUACAGUGAUGCGCUUUAACCCUCCUUCCAAAACUGCCCACAGUGUGUCCUCGAUGUCCUGGAAAGUGCAUGACUGCACAUAAAAAAAAAAAAUCAACCUGUGCGCUGAUCCUGCAACUCCUCCUCCCCCCUGACCAAGCCAACACAUGAGAGGAAAAGCACAAACUUCAUGCGUGAAAUGACAUCAGCCUUUUUUGUAGUCGUAGAUGUAUCUAGUCGAGACCGAUCGUCACGUUUCUUUCCUAUGCUUUGUUUCUGUGGUAGAUGUUUGGUUUGAAGUUCUGUGGAAUAUUAUUGUAUUUCAGUUUUCUGGUGAAGACGACGCCCGACGACUAUCACGAUGAUUUUAUUGACAGAGACAAUGAAGCCUGCGGCACUUGUGUGUUGCAGCGGCGAGGAAACAAGAACUCACAAGACUGAAGAGGUUCUAUUUUUCUCCUGCGACUGUGAAAGACUCCAAGACCACCACACCACUCCGUGUACAUAACCUCGAUGCUUACAUGUAAUUUAAGUCCGGUAGCUGCAUGACGACACGGCCUCUGUGUGUGUACAGAAGUAGCCAAGUGUGAAUUUGUACAGUACAUGCAAGUGUGUGUGCUUGUGUCCAUCCGUCGUCACGCAGAAGCAACACGUGCAUGCACCAUGAUGACAACUGCACCUGACAAAUCUGGACACACUCUGUCCAGCAGUUGUUCUCCACUCUCCUCCUCGUCCUGAGCUGCCCUUCACUCCGCAUGGAGACUUUGCUCUGUCUCAUGUUUCGUAUUCUAAUAAACCACUGCGACAU